ACCGAGUGCUCCAGCGUGGCCAGAGCAGUUGGUUCCCUCGGGUGAGGUUUUGACCCUGGAGGUGGAUGGAAACAUUCUCUUGUCUCAACACCAGACCCUGGACUCUGAUCAGGACUUAUUAUUCUUGUAUCUCUGGGAAAUGUUGAGGCUUGGAAUUAAUGCUUUGCAGCAAAGCAGCUUUGUUCCUUCUGUGCGUUCUGUCAUUCAGGGUGCUGCUAAAGCCUAUAUUUAUCCGUGCCUGCUUGCAUCGUGAGGCUCUCGGGAGCCUGUAACCAUGGAUGUUGCUGCUGGGUGGGCUGCCAGCACAGGGAUGCUGUAUGCAGGCUGGGGCUCUACGUGCCGGGGCAGCCCUGGCAGGGCUCACAGGAUCUGCUCUGGCACUGGAUGUUGUGCUGGAUCAGCCCUGGCAGGGCUCACAGGAUCUGCCCUGGCACUGGAUGUUGUGCUGGAUCAGCCCUGGCAGGGCUCACAGGAUCUGCUCUGGCACUGGAUGUUGUGCUGGAUCAGCCCUGGCAGGGCUCACAGGAUCUGCCCUGGCACUGGAUGUUGUGCUGGACCAGCCCUGGCUCGGGUGCCAAGCACGGGGCACAGUCAGGCUGGCAGAGGCUCUGGGAAGCACUGUCCUGUCGCGUGAGGCCUUGCUGACCCUGACGUGUCUCUUUGUUUGGUGGGCACUGGCAGUGGGCAUGGCAGAGCUGGGAUCCUGAAUCCAGCUCCUUGCCAGUGCAGGAUCACUCCGUGUCCUGGGGGUGUUCCGCUGACGUGCCAGACAAAGAUCCUGCAAUUCUCGUGUGCCGCUCUUCUUGCCAAGGAACAGACUCUGCUGUCUUCGUCCACAGACUUCAUCCUGCACAACUUGCGGAGGAACGUGGGGAGGGGAGGGACUGCUCCUGGCCCUUAUGCUCAGAUGUUAAUUUAGCACUCCACAUUUCCUGUGAUUCACAGCCUGUCUCUUGACAGGAGCGCGUGUGCCUUGGAGCAGAAGCAGACCUGCUACUUAACUUUCCCCACACGGGGCUGGCACUGAGCACAGCCUUUCAUCAAGGAAUGUUAACUGCCAGGCUGUUGAUUUUGUUGUUUGUUUGUUUCCCUGGCCUCUUGGUUGUUGGUAUUUUGUGUUUUGGCUCCUUCCAUUCAGUUGAACUUGCUCUUAACAGUGGUUUUCCUUUAACAGGAGUGUUGACCAGUGUUCUAGCAGUUAAUACCGGGUGAAAAGUCUUUUCUGAAGUGCUCUUUGAGACUGACUACAGCUGAAACAGCGCGCUCAUUUCUCCCAGCUCCUCUCCUCUCGGGUCAAGAGCUGGUUUGUCUUUUUAUGUAAUAAACAAAGCCUGUGGUCUGCUUUUUGACCACAAGUUGCUCAGGCAUUUCAGAUGGCGUCUGUUGACUUGUUAAUUACCUUGGUUCUGGUAAAGCAGCACUGGGGACAUUCUUCUGUCACCAGCUGCUCCAGCUCAGUGUGUGAGCUCAGUGCACUGAAGGUGCGGAUCAGUAUAUCCAUAAAAACACUGUCCCUGCAAACAAAGCACACAUGACAGAAGCACAGACGUGGUUUUGCUGGGUUCCCAUAAAGCAGCUGAAGGUGGCAGGUGUGGCUUUCUUGCUGAAAAGGUCGCAGUGGUGUUUGCAGCUGCCAGCUUCCAGCUGGAAUUCGGGCUGUGGUUUGCUGCAGUCGGGAGUGGGUGCUCUGGAGGUGGCUGCAGAGCUGCCCCAGCUGCACUGGGGGUUCCCGCAGGAGGAACGUCAGUGGCUGUCAAAAGCCUUGAAAAUGUUAGAAAUCUAAAGGCAAAGUGGAUAAACCUGCUCAGCCCAGGGACUGUGCCACAAGAGGCGAGGGGGAAAAGCAGAUGCUUUCACAAAAUGGGCAAAGUGGGCAGGGACCUGGAACGCAAGUGGGGAAUGAGGCUGGAAAGCGGGACAGUGGCACUUCUGUGUCUCCUGUGCCCUUUCAGAGUCCUGGAGAGGCUGUGAGGGAGCUGCAGCUCUGUGAGUUUUUAUUCCAGGACAAUUGCCGCUGCUGAAGAUUCCUAAUGCCAGAUACCCAACCCACUGCCAAAUAACCAUGAAAGAGAGGCGGUAGCUGCCCCCGGCGCGAGGGAAAAUCUGAUUUCAAUGGAUACGAAAUAUAAAGACGAUUUAUUUAGGAAGUAUGUACAGUUCCACGAGUGCAAGCUGAAUGCCUCUGACAACAAGCAGCAUCCCAUUAACGAUGAGUACUUGCGAGUGGCAGCAGCAGCCUUAUUUUGCCUUCCCAAAAUUGAUCCCUUUUAUAGAUUCCGGCUGAUAAAAUUUUACGAGAUGGCUGAAAACUCACUGAGAUCUGUGAAAUCCUCAAGUUUACAUUGUCUCCAUAAUGCAUUCAACAUGCUCGAGACAGUUGGAAUUAAUCUCUUUCUGUACCCCUGGAAAAAGGAGUUCAAAAACAUUAAGACCUACACUGGAGCCUUUGUUUAUUACGUGAAGUCUGCUCUCACGGAGGACGACGUCAGGCAGAUUCUGAACUACAUGGGCUACGUCCAGGAGCUGGGAACAACGUUCAAGCUCAAAGAGCAGGUCGACGCCAUUCAAGUGAAGAUGAUCUCAUUUGAGCUCUUCCUGGCCAAAGUGGAAUGCGAGCAGCUUCUGGAGAUCCACCUGCAGGUGAAGGAUAAGGGUUAUUCCGAGCUGGAUGUCGUGGCGGAGCGCAAGAGCAGCGGCGAGGACGUGCGGGGCUGCGCGGAGGCGAUGCGGCGGCGCCUGGAGUGCAAGGAGAGCCUGAACGCCUCCAUGGCGCGCAUGGUGCUGCAGAAAUCGGCCAGCGAGCGCGCCUCCAAGGACUACUUCAAGCCAAAGGUGAGCAAGCCCUCCAAGUCGGUGGAUACCUACGACAGUUACUGGGAGAGCAAGAAACCGCCCUUGAUGAGCUCGCUGAGCCUCAGGAAGGAGCCGAUCUUGGUCGACGCGGAAGAUGACAUCAAAGAUGAAAUUAUCCGUCCGUCGCCCUCUCUGCUGACCAUGUCCAGCUCCCCACACGGCUGCUCGGAUGAGUACUUGCCAGCGUCGUCCCAUCACAAUGGCAUGCUAAGAACCAAUGUCCCUUACAGCUCCUAUUUUUCUGCUCAAGAGGACUUAGAUUUGUAUACUGACCCCGAUUCUAGAAGCGUGUUAAAUUUUAAAAGGCAAGACGCUAUUAAGCCCGACGUGUGGCUGUUAAGAAGCGAUGCCAACCCUGUUUACCACAAACGCACCCACCUAGCCAAAGAGACAGCUUCCUCCAAGUGCCAGAACUGUGGCAUCCCCUGUGGCGCUCCUGUGUGCCAGAAGUGUGACAACCUGUUCGGCUCGAGGCAGGAGUACCCGGCGGUGAAGCAGAGCUCCUACUCCAUCAAAGCGCUCCCAAGCGACGGCUUGUCUCCCGCUCCAGCUCUGAGGGAGAAAUCCCAGUACACGUCACAGACUCAGAGCCAAGACAGAGCUGCUCAGUUCAGUUCCAAGUCCAAGCCUUCGGGCACCUCGCGCUGCGGCUUCUGCAACCGCUCGGGAGCCGCCAACACGUGCACGUUCUGCUCCAAGGUCUCGUGUGACACCUGCCUCAGCGCCUACUACUACGACCCGUGCUGCAGGAAGAGCGACCUGCACAGGUUCCUGCCUAACAACCAGUUAAACUAUAAAUCGUCCCAGCUGUCCCACGUGGUGUACAGAUAGACCGGAUGAGGCUGUUUGGGAAGGGGAGGGAGGGGGAGAGGAAAGGGCUAUCCUAACUAAUGUUCUGACUUCACACUGACCUCUUGCCAAAAUCACGUGUCCAGAUAUUUGGAACCAUGGUUCGGUGAUCAGGUGCCAGUUCUUGAUUUUUGUGGCUUCACAGAUGCUGCAGAUCCAUUAGAUUUCAUGCUGCUAUAAUUUAGGUAACUCCUAAAUGAGCGUUGCUUUUCAGCUUAAAUGGGGGAGAAGAGCACAUUUUUCCUUAAAACUUGGCAGCUGUUGUAUUUUUAAAAAGUGACAUCAUACCUUCCUAUUAUAUCAUAUCUUGCCCAAAUAAAACCAGGCAGUGUUUGAAAAUAAAGUCAGAGAACUAAGAUUCUCAUUUUCUGUGAGGGAUGAAACCACUGCCAGUUUUUGAUAAAGGAUGACUUCAAAAUGUGCAGGAAAUAUGUGAAUGGCUCGUUUUGCCAACAAGGACUAUUUUUUGACGCGUGUCUGCAUUUCUUGAUCUCCAAAAUGCAAACCUCUCUUCCUUUUGUCUUUGUUUCCUCCUCCCCAUCUCUCCUGGUUGCUUAUCUCGAGCUGAUAUAACCUGAAUCUGGAUAACAUGUGCUUUAUUUUCCAGUGUUGCCAAUGUCAUCCUUCCGGGUUUCACUGUAUGGUGUUUUAAAGCGGUGACCCUGUAUCUGUGUCGCUCGGAUGAUGCCUGGAGUGUUGUCCUCUCGGAUGAGUGUCCAUUUUCUUUCUGUUGCACAUGGUUUAAGUACUGUUGUUUGUACUGUAAAUAGGUGAUUUGGAAACAGUUUAUUUUUAAUAAAUAUUUAAUAUGUUGAGUUCUUCAAAGUGGUAGAAUCAUUAUAACUAUGAAGUCUCUCUGGGUUAUUUGUUCAGGUGACUUUUUGUUUUUCCUUGUACUGUAUUUCAUAGCUUGUUAUAGCCACUGUGGCGGAAUGAUGUUCUUGGCUCUGAUCAAUUCUUGGGUUUUUAUCUGACUUCUUUUUUUUCCCCUCUGAUAAGGCUGCCACUCGUCUGAGUGGAGUCUUGUCUAAGAACUGCAGGAUUUUUCUCUCAGUGCACGCUUUUUCUUUGUGGUUAUGGCAAUUGUAACUAUCGAUGUUCUGCUUGCUUCCAAAUUCACUGCCAAUCUGUCUGUAGUGUAGUCCAGCGAGUAAAGCACUGGCCUGGGUAAAAAUCAGAGCUCAUUUGUGACUCCUGUUCAAGUGAACCCAUCAGUUCUGGAUGUGAAUCACAUAAUAACCUUUGUCUCUUGCUGUAGCACUUGGGAACCCUGGCUGAGAACCAGGACUCCCUUGUGUUGGGCUCUGUACAGUUUGACCCCCAAACACCACCUGGUUAUGAAUAGACUUCAGUUUUUUAUUAAAAUAAAACCUCUAAGAAUCCCAACUCCCUUAUUCCCAACUAUAGCUAGUUAGCACAAAGUAUCAGGCAACCUAAUCCGAUGUGCAGAAUUAAAUGUGUUUAAAAUACCUAUAAAGAACUCUAGCUGAGAUGUGAACUCUGUAGUCCACUUUGCACUGAAACGAUUCACUUUGGGGUUUUUAAUCACUGUUAGAGUCUAGGCUUCUCCACCUCCAUGCCCAUCGCUCCCUGUGUGACAGGAACAUGCAUGAAUGAUCGUUUGUCUUACACUUUUUGGGGCGGGGAGGGGCUUCAGGUAGGUAGAGGGGAAAAUUACAUAGGCUAGUGUUGUAAAAUAGCUAAAAUAAUUUUAGCCAUAACUGGGUGUCAGAAGCAUUAUGGAAAUAAGAUGAAACCUGGGUCUUACAGAGGGCUGAGAACAAAAAGUUACUGUCCAGUUUGCACUAAGAAACAAAGUGAACAGCGUUCGUUUAACAAUCAGGGAAAUUCUGAAUCAAGGGACUGCAACUGAGCAUAAUGUCAAGGGCAAGUACUGCCCUGCUGACCCUGAAGGUUGGGGUGAACAUUGUUUAAGUGAAUGAUUUUAAGGUUUUCAAUCUUGUAUGUUUUAUAUAAAUAUAUAUAUAUAUAUAAAUAUGACACAAAUGUAGAUACAUUAUGUAUAUAGUGAAGAAUUUGAAAACAAUUUUACAAUUAAGAUGCGGUCUAAGGGUGGUUUUCAUUUGGGUGGUUAUUUGGGUUCUGUUCACCUUCUGCAGUGUCGUGCCUGUUUGGCUGCUCGACGGUGUGUCUCGAGUUCACCGGUUCAGUUUCCAUACGGCUCCUCACACUACAGUGAGAAACUAAAACUGUGAUGCCACGUAAUUUAUACGGUGACCAGGGCAGGGGCCGUACCCGCCCUGAAAAAGAGAAGUCCUCUGUAUAUAUGUCAUGGAAUCCUGUAGUACAAACCUGUGUUGAAUUGAAGUGAUACCACGCUCUAUUUUUGUGUAUCUUACUGUAUGAGGUUGCUGUGAUUGAGACAGUAAAAUAUAUGCGAAUUUAAAAUGCAGCUGUUUUGCAUCUGAUUUGUUUAAAUUAAUUUAUGUUUUGAAGGAAUUUAAAAAUAAAGAGGCCUUUAAGAAAA